AUGUCCUGUGAACAUCCAACAUGUUUAUUAGAAGCGAAUACAAUUUGUGAAUCUCAUUGUCAUUUAUAUGUAUGUCAACAACAUCGAAAUGAACAUGAAAAAAGUCUUUUAAAUGAAUUAGAAAAACAACUAGAUGACUUUUCAAAACCUAUUACGAUUUUACUUAAUCAAUCACAAUGUGAUCUUAAACAAUCUGAAGAAUCUCGUCAACAUGAAUUAAAUCAUAUUAAUUCUUUAUUUGAUUGUCAUAUAUUUUCUAUAGAUCAACAUUUAAAAUUAUCGAAAAAAACAAAUGAAUUAAUAUCAACUAAACGUGAACAAUUAAUUAAAUAUAAAAAUGGUGAUAAUCAAUUAACAAAAGAAGAUUAUCAACAAAUACAAAAUUUAUCAAAUGAAAUUCAAAAAAAUCUUAAUAUACAAUAUCAAUUAAAUCAUGAAAUACGUAAUAAAAAUAGUGAUAUUAAUUCAUGGCCAAUUGAUAAAGAAAAUAAUAUAUCAACAGAAAUUGAAUGUAUUGAAUUAUCAGAUUCCGAAGAUGAAUUAUCACCAUAUUCAACAAACGUUAUAAAUAAAGACCAAUAUGAAACAAUGAAUAAUACAUUAACAUCUAUUAAUCAUAAUGAAAUUCUACCAAAUAAAGUUAAAAAAUCUUCAAAAUCAAAUUUAGCUUUAUUACGUGAUUUGUGUCCAUUAACACAAUAUGGUAUAUUUGGUCUUAAUAGUUCAUAUAAUCUAUUAAAUUUAUGUUCAAAUAAUAAUAAUAGACGACUUAAUUUAUAUGCACAUUUUACAAGAACUCAUCGUAUUAAACCAUCAAUAGCACUUCAAUUACUUAAAGCUAUUCAAAAUAAUUGGGAUCCUAUUGAAACAAAAAUAUUUCCUCAAGAUCAUACACAAGCUUUUACUGAAAAUAUUCAAUGUCCAUUUGAUGAUACGGCAAUAAAAUUUACUAAAGAAAAUUCUAUACCAAAUACACCAUGUUAUUCAUCAAUUGCAUUUCAUAAGUUUAAAAAUCAUUUAUGUAGUGUUCAUUCUAUAACAAAAUUAAAUGCAAAAUUAAUUUAUAAAGCUAUGAAAGAUUAUGGUACUAUAAGUCAUGUACAAUUCGAAGAAGAUUUAUGUCAGAUUAAAAUAUGUUAA